ACUGUUAUCGACCUAAUUGGAUCAAAAAUGGAUGACAGGGAACCGAAGGAUCCAAAAAGUUCAAAGGAAGAUGCUCCCAGCCAAGAUCCCGAAUUGGAUGUGUGCAGUGAUCAGUUUAAUCCGCUGCGAGCCUUGUACGAACCCAACUACAAGGUGACGGAUGUGGUCCCCAAAGUCCUCUACCAAAAUCUGGCCGCCUUCGAGAGUGCGCUCAAAAAGUUCGGCAUCUGGCAGUUGAACAAGCGGCAGAAACCGGAAACCCGAGGAGGAGACCAGGGUGCAUUGAAGAAGGCAUCUUCCUCCAGGUCUGCAGACAUUGCGGAGCCUCCUCAGCGGCGCUUUGAGCCACAUCAGAUGCCCACGACUAGGACCCCGAACAAGAAGCACCACCGCAACAUAUUCACCUACAUGGAGAGCUCUGUCGGUCCCCUGGGAGUGCUUAAGAAGUGCAUUCCUUCGGGCAGUCCCCAGGAAACUAAGGAGUAUCCCGAAGAGGUACGAGUUAGGGUGGUGACUCGCAAGCAGGGAGCAGUGGGCGGCAGCGUCGAGGGUGAACUGGUGGCCUUCGACAAGCAGUGGAACCUGCUGCUGCGAAAUGCUACCGAAACCUGGAAGCGACGAAAGUACAAUUACGGAGAACAAAACAUUUGCGACACACCUGUUGAUUGCACAAAGCGGCUUAGGGAGCUGGGCAUUACUCUUCCCAAGACCCAUGUCAAAAGUUUAAACCGGAAGAACGUUGAGGUAAAGCGAGAUCUGCCACAGAUCUUAAUACGCGGCGAAAAUGUGGUUAUAGUUAGUAUAGUAGCUAAGGCAAAGUAAGGCCCAGUUUGUUUUUAUUUCUUAAUUCGACAGUCACUCAAUGAAAUAUAUACGUAGGUAAGAAACAUAUUAAAAAAAGUAAAACAGUUAAGUUAUAAUUCAUUUUAUAACUAUUGUUAUUACCAUGUAAGAUUCAGUCUUAAAAAAAGUUGUGCUGUUAAAUUUGUUCUUAUCAGUUUCCAAAAAAGUACUUAAUUAAAAGUUGUAUUUAGUUCCUCCGGA